GACUUUAGCGAUCUCGAGCUCAAGCCGGACCACGCGAACCGGCCGCUCUGGGCCUGCCCCGACGGGUCCAUCUUCCUCGAGGCUCGGAGCGCCUUGUACGGGCCGGCCUACGAUUUUCUGGUCGCCAUCGCGGAGCCCGUCGCGCGGCCGGAGCACGUGCACGAAUACCGGCUCACGCCCUACAGUUUGUACGCGGCCGUGUCCGUCGACAUCGCGCCCGCGAGCAUCUGCGACGUGCUCGACAAACUGUCCAAGGUGAAACUGCCGGCGCGCAUCCGGGCUUAUGUCAUGGACUGCACGAAGAACUUUGGGCGCGCGAAGCUGGUGUUGCGCGGCAACCGGCACCACGUCGAGUCGUCCGACGCGGCGGCGCUGCGGACGUUGUUGGAGCACGCGGGCAUCCGCGGCGCGCGGGACGCCAGCGAGGACGGCGACGACGAGGAGUUCCGCGCGGGCGAGGUCGCGGCGGAGCUCGCGGCGAAUCGCGCGUAUCUGGAGUUGGCGGCGGAGCUCGACGGCAGCGACGACGAGGGCGCCGAGGACGACGGCGCGGCGGCGCCGGGCGCGACGCUGCGCACCUACUCCUUCAAGCUCAAAGUCGGGACGGCGCAGGACGUGAAGAAGUUCGCCGCGAACGAUUUGGACUUCCCGCUGGCCGAGGAGUACGACUUCCGCCACGAUCUGGACAACGCGGUGCUGCCCGUGGAUUUGAGACCUUCCACGAAGAUCCGCUCCUACCAGGAGAAGUCGCUGUCGAAGAUGUUCGGCAACGGCCGCGCGCGGAGCGGCAUCAUCGUGUUGCCGUGCGGCGCGGGCAAGACGCUGACGGCGAUCGUCGCGGCGGCGACGGUGAAGCGGUCGACGCUCGUGCUGUGCACGAACGCGACGGCCGUGGCCCAGUGGAAGGCCCAGUUCGCGCUCUGGACGUCGCUGGACCCCGCGCGGAUCUCGCUGUUCACGGCGGAGGUCAAGGAGGACCUGCACCCCGAGUGCGGCGUGCUCAUCACGACGUACCACAUGGUGAGCUUCGGGGGCCAGCGGUCCUUGGAUGGCGAGCGCCUCAUCGAGGCCGUCAAGGCGCGCGAGUGGGGUUUGAUGCUCCUCGACGAGGUCCACGUCGUGCCGGCGCAGACGUUCCGCCGGGUCCUCGCGGUGUGCAACGCGCACUGCAAGCUCGGGCUGACGGCGACGCUCGUGCGCGAGGACGACCUGAUCACGGAUCUGAACUUUUUGAUCGGGCCGAAGCUCUACGAGGCGAACUGGAUGGACCUGACGAAGAACGGGCAUUUGGCGAACGUGCAGUGCGUCGAGGUCUGGUGCCCCAUGGCCGGGCCCUUCUACCGCGAGUAUCUGCGCCACGGCGGCUGCGGCCAGGAGGCGAAGCCGCGCGCGGGCGGCGACGCGCGAUGCCGCCGGUUGCUGUACGUCAUGAACCCGAACAAGUUCCGCGCGUGCGAGUACCUCGUGCACUACCACGAGCAGCGCGGCGACAAGGUCAUCGUCUUCUCCGACGACGUCUUCGCGCUGUUAAAGUACGCGACGGCGCUCGGGCGGCCCGCGAUCUACGGCGCGACAAAGGAAGCGGAGCGCCAGGCCGUGCUCGGGUCCUUCCGCUUCAACUCCCUCGUGAACACGAUCUGCCUCUCGAAAGUCGGCGACGUCGCCAUCGACCUCCCGGAGGCGAACGUCAUCGUCCAGGUGUCGUCGCACUUCGGGUCGCGCAGGCAGGAGGCGCAGCGGCUCGGGCGCAUCCUCCGCGCGAAGCCUUCCGCCGACGGCGACGGCUUCAACGCCUUCUUCUACACGUUGGUGUCCACGGACACGGCGGAGAUGUUCUACAGCGCGAAGCGCCAGCAGUACCUCGUGGACCAGGGCUACACGUUCAAAGUCGUCACGGAUCUG